UGAGAGCGAAACUAAGACCCAAAUUGGAAGCGAUGGCUACGUCAGCGGAAUUCGUUGUCGAGGCUGACUUUAUUUAAAGAUAUCAAAACGAUUCGUUCGAUGCUGAUUUCGAAAACCUGUACGCCACCAGGUAAGACGGGAACAUGUUUAGCUUGAUAUCGCGGCACUCGCGUAAAAGUUUCAGAACCGGCCAAUCAGAUGUGCAAGUUAACUAUAGGCAGGGCGCUUAUAUAUAUCUAUAUAUAGUUAUAUAUAUACGCGCCCUGACUAUAGGUGUACAAAAAAGCGCACAAUUUUAAAAUUUCCGCUGAACUGAAAAUUACGCAAAUUUUGUGACAACUUUAUGUUACUAUGAGUAUAUAGUUUGAGCUCUCCUGGUAUCUCUAUGACAAUAUUAGUCUGAAAAGUAAAUAUAUAAGAGUAUACAUGGUAGAAAAGUAAAAAUAUAAGAGUUACAACGCAAUUUUAAUUCAUAGGGUGCAAAUUUGUAUUUAUAAACCAUGAAAGUAGUAAACAAGUUAAUGUACGUUAUGUCUUACGCGCGAUAUCUAAAACUUGGACUUUCUUGCCAACCAAAAUUGUGUUUCAAAUCUUUCAUUUUUGUGCGCUAUAGCCAUUCAUAUUAAGUGGUUUGGAAAAACAGCCCUGCAUGGUGCCGGGUGCGCACACGAAAAUUUGCUUAUUUUAUUCAGAAUAAUUUUGUGAUAGAGAUAGCUACCAGAAGACAUCAAACUACCCAUAAAGUUGCUCAAUUUGCUUUGAACUGCCUUUGCCAGUGUAUGUACUGCCUACUGAUAUAUUUUUGUUAUUUUUUUCAAAAGUGGAACGAUGCGUAUGUCGUUCGACAACUUCAAAAACCUAUUUGAUAAAACCUGGACAAUCCAAAGCGACGGCAACUUGGCCUGUGCCACAAUACUCUUGCGGUACAAGAACGAGGGAAACGACGAUGGUUGAACCAAACGUGAAGUCACCUCAUGCAUUCCCUCGUGGUGAUCAUAUUAUCAAGUAUACGUUUAGGUUUGAAGGUGGUGUAGACGUCGUAUGUCCAGUGACAAUAAUUGUAAAAGGUGAGGAUUAUAACUGAGAAAUUCCGAACAAAAAUUAUAUAUACAAGUUAGACCUGAGCAGCUGCAAAAAAUGAAACCAUAAGCCCGGCCCUCAUGCGAUUUCGGUCUCCAUACAUUACCAUAUCAUUAUACCAUUCCAUACCAUACCAUACCAUACCAUACCAUACCAUACCAUACCAUACCAUACCAUACCAUACCAUACCAUACCAUACCAUACCAUACCAUACCAUACCAUACCAUACCAUUGUAAAUUUAUAUAUUGUAUUACUCCGAACACAUGUACAAUAAUAGUCUUAGUCUUCAAGUUAAUUAUUAAGCCCGAAGGUCCAUGCCUAAUAGCCUGCAAACAGGCUUGCAAUUUACGAGUAUCUAUUUCAAUGUAACUAUAAAUGUCAAUAUAUCACACCAUACCACACCAUACCAUACCAUACCAUACCAUACCAUACCAUACCAUACCAUACCAUACCAUACAGAAUUAAUUAAUUUCUCUAUGGGUUUACAGGAAAGAUGUGUGGUGAGAAUGCUUUCGAUUCAUGCAAACAAGAUUGCUGUUGUGGCACAAUUCAUGAUCAUAUGCCUGGGUUCAAGUGCUGUGGUCCAAAGUACUACAAUCCAGCUGAUUAUAAAUGCUGUGAUUAUGCUCAUCUCGUUUCCAGCCAAUCCUGUCCGAUCUAUUAACUUUCGUUUACCUACCAUAAAUUUCAGUGCAGUUAUGCACUGUAGUUUAGAAGCCCUAAAUACAUAUUACAUUACGGCCUAGAGGCUAGAACUUCAACUAUAUAUAUUGUAUACUUUUAAAGUUAACAUAAAAUAAAGGGACUGAAACUGAAUAAUUUUUUGAGGUGAUCAUGCCAUCCAGGUGAUCUUGAUACGCGGAAAAGUACUG